AUGGAUAUAUUAACUGCUCAUUUUAUAAUGAAAGGUCUUGGAGAUAAAGAAGAACUGGUCGAGCCUAUUCCUCUUCCGAACGUUAGUGGGAGUGUCUUGGGUAGGAUGAUAGCCUGGUCUGAACAUCACGUAACUACAUGUUCAUUUUCGGCUGAGGCUCCGCCCAGUUCUCCGAUAAACAGCGAAGUACCUGUGCAGCCUGUGGUGAGGCCUAAAGUACCGAAGAGACGUCAGCCUCAGUUCCCACCUCCUGACGUGGUCCCUACCGCAUGGGAGAAGGAUUUUCUUGAGAGGAAUAGAGAGGAUUUAUACGAUUUAUUAUUAGCCGCCAAUUACUUAGACGUUAAGAGACUGAUGGACUUGCUCUGUGCUCGUGUGGCUGAUCUAAUUAAAGGGAAAGACCCGGCAAAGAUACGAAAAACUUUCCACGUUCCGGAACCUUCAUGA